AUGAAGUUCUCCGAGAGCUCCAACUACUAUGGAUGCUCUAAGAGUGUGCUGGAUGGGCAAGAUGCAAGAGUAGUAGAUGCUCAUCCUAUCAGAGCUAUGAAGUUUUCAGUUUCUUCUGUGGUUCGUGUUGCAGUGCAAUCCAAAUCAGGUCCCAUGGUGGUGUGUACAAUCGAAGAAUCUGGUGAGCACAUUGUUGUUGGUGCUGGUGAGCUACAUCUUGAGAUCUGCUUGAAAGAUUUGAAGGAAGAUUUCAUGGGAGGAACAAAGACCAUUGUUUCAGAUCCAGUGGUUUCUUUCCGUGAAACUGUGUUGGAGAAAUCAAAUAGGACUGUUAUGCGAACUACCUAG